GUUAAGCAAUUUUGUCUUAGUAUUGUUUACAGAAGUAAUGAUGCUCUCUAGCAUUCUGCUGCUCAUAACUUGUCUUCAAGUGAUCAGUGGCUCUGAUUUUGCAUUUACUUUUGAUGCAAAUAAGAACAAAUGUACUGCAACAGCUUCUACAAGCAGUGAUAGAAAUCAUACUCAUAUCAUACUAUCAAACAAUACUGUGCUGUUAGAAGAACUACUCAAUGCUACAAGACAAAAUGCUCAAGCUAUCAAAGAAAUAAAGUCAAUGAUAAAUGGAGGCCACAAUAGUUGUGAAGCUAUCAAUGAUAUACUGCUACUAGUAGAAGAACUUAUCAUGUUACACAAUGACUCAUCUUCCUUCUCUCCUAUCCCUAGUUCUUGUCAAGAGAUUAAGAACAAACAACCAAACAGUCCUUCUGGUGUAUAUCUACUAGAAACUGCUACCAAUGGAACUCAAUACAUUUACUGUAAUAUGGAGGAGCUGUGUGGUUCAGGAGGAGGAUGGACAAGACUAGCAUAUCUAAAUAUGACUGACUCUACAGAGAACUGUCCUUCUGGGUUUAGACUGUACCAGUCAGGAGGAGUUAGAGCUUGUGGUAGAGUAACAUCAAGUGAAGGCAGUUGUGUAUCAGUUGAGUUUCCAUCUAAUGGUAUCAGUUACUCUCAAGUGUGUGGUAGAGUAGUGGGAUAUCAGUUUGCUUCACCUGAUGCAGUUGAUAAUAUAAUUAAUGGCCCAGAAAGUCAUAAUGACAUUAAUUCUUAUUAUGUUGAUGGUGUUAGUAUCACUCGUGGGUCUCCUCGACAACAUGUCUGGACACUAAUGGCUGGGGUGUCAGGAGGAUUUAGUACUACUGAAUAUCCAUACAAUUGUCCUUGUUCCACUGGUAGUCUUCAAAGUUCAAAAAUUCAAUCAUUCGUUGGUAAUGAUUACUACUGUGAAUCAGGAGCUGGUAAUACUUGGACUCAUAUUUUCUACCCAUCUGAUCCACUGUGGGAUGGUCAAGGUUGUGGUUCUAUUGAAACAGCUUGUUGUAAUGUUCCUGGUAUCCCAUGGUUUCACAGAGACUAUGGUAACACUACCACCACUGACUAUCUUGAGCUGAGGGUGUGUGCUAAUCAAGAUACAGGUGAUGAAGAUACUCCUGUUGCCUUUUAUGAGAUUUAUGUUAAGUAAUUAUCAACCAUUAAUUGAUUGAAUUUUGAGUGAUUCUUAUUAUUAGAUUAGAUUAGCCAGACUUUCAUGCAUGAUUAAGUAACAAUUUUCCUUAUUGUGUUAAAUUUUAAUAGCUUCUUAGUUGUGUUAGUUUUUUCGGUU